UGUUUAGAUGGUGAAAUCUGUAGCGUUGCUGAUGGUGGUCCUAAAUGCUUUUGUCCUGAUGGCUUUGGUGGUGCGUCUUGUAAAACAAAAUUAAAUUCAUGUGUCUCAAAUCCUUGUCAGAACGGUGGUUUAUGCUUGGAAACCUCGUCUGGAUUUAGAUGUGAAUGU